GUUGUGCUGUGGAUGGUCAUCCAGCCCCAAACAUCACCUGGCUUUACUCUGGCAAGCCUCUCAGCCUGCGGCACCACCUCCUGGCAGCGGGUCGGAUUCUUCAGAUAUUCAAUGUCAGUGAUGCUCCUGAUGGUGAAUUCAGCUGCCUUGCUCAGAAUGAGGCUGGCUCGCUCACACAAAAAACAUCCCUGGCUAUACAAGAAUACCGCUGGUCAGUGGACAAGAUGUUGGCUUGCUCAGCUUCCUGUGGCCACAAAGGGGUGCAGCUGCCCCAGCUGAGGUGCUUACUGGAUGGGGCCGAAGUCAACAUAUCCCACUGCAAAGAGAAGCCCAAGCCAGCCCUGCAGCCCAUAGCGUGCAACAGGAGAGAUUGCCCUUCACGGUGGAUGGUAACAUCGUGGUCUCCUUGCACACGGAGCUGCGGUGGAGGCACCCAGAUGCGCCGAGUGACGUGUCAGCGCCUGACGGCGAAAGGCAGCUCUGUCCCGAUGUUGAAUGAUGCUUGUGCCCAGGUGUCCAAGCGCCCUGUGGACACCCAGAACUGUAACAGGCAGCCCUGUGUUGAAUGGGUGGCCUCCUCCUGGGGCCAGUGUAACGGGCCUUGCAUUGGACCACGACUGGCUGUGCAGCACAGACAGGUAUUUUGCCAGACGAAAGAUGGGACUUCUGUGUCGUCAGAUCAGUGCAGUGCCUUACCAAGGCCUUUGAGCACCCAGAACU